AUGACUCAUGGGCGGAAAUUAAGCGUUUGGCCUUUUGAUUGAUGUCUACUGGCCGCCUGAAUGGCUCAUUGACCUAUAAAGUAAGGGAUUGCUGAAACGGGGGCGCGUCAGGUAGGUCGCAGUUGCAAAGCCUAAUGUGCGUGUUUUACUAAAUUGUAGCCUAUUUGUGCAACUAUCUUUUUUAUGUCGUGCAAUAAUAUUACAACACAUGUUUUCUCGUCUACAAAUGUGUCUGCAAAAUGUUCUAUAAAACAUACAUAGGCUUACAGAAUCAACGUGUAUAACAUAUGUGGGAAAUAUCUUGCUAAACAUCUUGGGUAAUGAUCAACUCACCAAUAUUAACGCAUGCAUUGAUAUAGUAGCAAAUUCGCUUUGAACAAUUGUUAUGUUUGAAAAGAUUUUGAUGACUGAAGUUUCGUAAACAAAAGUUUUCUAAAUAUUGCUUUGCACGAUCAUAUAACACUAUGGCACCCUCUGCUGGGGGCUUGAAUCCUUGCAUGUCUAGUGAAUUACUUUAUUAAUUGUCGAUGUCUAUGACACGUUGCAAAUGUCAAUAUCAGAGAAACUCUAUUUGCAUUGCUUUACAACUACUUUGAAUGCCGGCAAAAACUUUUGUGUUCAGAUAUUUAUUUAUGAUUGUGUCAAAAAUAAACAGUGAAUCAAGACAUUAAGCCUAUCCCUGUCUACUUGACUGUUGCCUCUGCUGUUUUUAUUGGCCUAGUACAGUACACAUGUGGAUGCUAACCACUGCUUUAUGUAGCCUAAUAGAGACAGUUUAUCAUGGAGGACUCCACAGAAUUCAUUCUCCAGGAUCAAGGCUCCAGGAUGGUCCAUAGCAGUAAGGACAACCCCAUCCUGACAGUUGCUACUGGGGCUUUGCUCGCUGGCCUCUACGGAAUGUGGACUAUGUUUGCCCUUCCUGGCUUCCGCAAAGUUCCAAGAAGACUCAAGGUGCCUUACCUGCCCUCAAGUAAAGCUCAGAUCGUAAACGUCAUGCAGCUGCUGGAGGGACGCAGAGGCCAACUAGUUGAUCUGGGAUCAGGAGACGGGAGACUGGUGUUUGCUGCCUACUCUGUUGGCCUCCAGUGUACUGGAUUUGAGAUCAACUCCAUGUUGCUGGCAUAUGCUAAAGUGAAGGCACGCUGGACAGGAGUACCACCCAGCCAGGCAAACUUUGUCAACAAGGACUUCUGGAAGACUGAUUUGUCAAACUACAACAACGUGACUGUAUUUCUAGCCCCAGGAUUGAUGGAGGUGCUGUGUGAGAAGCUUCUGAGGGAGCUUCCUGAUGACGCGUGUGUCGUCGCCUGCCGCUUCCCCUUCCCCCAGUGGCCCCACCGAGCCUCGCAGGGCGACGGCCUCGACCAGGCCUGGGCCUAUGACAUCAGCACUGUACGCUCAGCCCUGGGCCAGGCAUGACCCUAUGACCUUAUACUGUGCAUCGAUGACUGGAUUCAUCCUAAUGUCAUUCACUGGUUCACACCAAACCCAAUAUAUGCUAAUUAUCACCCCAAAUCAAACCCAGUAUCGCCAACUGCUUCUGUCUUUGUGUACAUUUUAUUUUUUGAUUUAUUCAAAAGGCACUCGCACAUCUGAGCUAUCUUUGUUGCAGGUGCAUGGUAACAGUUGAACAAGAUGAGAAAAAAGAAGAAACCCGCACACUGCUCUUGAUAGUAUCACUGCUCUUUAAUAAGCUCUACGUAUCGGCCUCAUGGACUUCCUCAGAGCAUUUGUGAGUUUAAAAAAAAGUUUUUACACCCUUAUGUAGACAUAGCUCCACCCACAUCCGUUCAAUGCAUCGAAUGGGAUUGGAGUUGAGGGAAAAUUAUUUGAAUAUUUAUGUUAUAUUUGUUAUAUUUUGUAAUGCUUAUUGUAAUGCUUAUAACAGUAUAACUUUAAACCGUCCCCUCGCCCAUACCCGGGCUCGAACCAGUCACCCACGAAGCAUCGUUACCCAUCACUCCACAAAAGCCGCAGCCCUUGCAGAGCAAGGGGAACCACUACUUCAAGGUCUCAGAGCAAGUGACGCCAACGAUUGAAACGCUAACCACUAACUAAGCUAGCCGUUUCACACCCGUUACGCUUACUUAUGUGUUAACAUAAAACAUAUUAAACGGGUGUUGUUGGAAGUAGACUAAAGUGCAGCGUGGUCAGCUACAUUUUCCUUUUAUUGUAAAAUAUCGCCAACAAAACAACAAACGAAAGCAACAACCGUGAAGCUUAUAGGGCUAACUGCCACAAACAAAGUUAACUACACACACUGAA